AUGAGUUCAACUAAACUCAUUUGUCUAUCCAUUUUUGUAGCCCUUCUUGCAACCUUACUAUCCACAAAUCUCACAAUUCAACCUAUAACACAACUACUCCUCAACCUCUUCUCCCAAUUAACUCCUCCAACAUUCCGAAUAUACCAUCACGAUCAUCAUCGUGCGAGUAAAAAGAAUGCGAUAAAAAGCAUAUGCGAAGAUUUUCCGCCCGAUAUCCCCCCACCCGACACGAACACAACGUCGUUUUUAUGCGUGGAUUCGAAUGGUUGCUGCAAUUUCACUACUGUUCAAGCCGCAGUCGAUGCGGUUGGUGUCAUGAGCCCAAAAAGGACCGUUAUUUGGAUCAACAACGGAAUUUAUUUUGAGAAGGUGAUAAUUCCGAAAACAAAGGCGAACAUAACAUUUCAAGGGCAAGGUUACACUUCAACGGCGAUCGUGUGGAACGACACUGCCAACUCCGCACACGGCACCUUCAUGAGUGGUUCGGUUCAAGUUUUCUCGACAAACUUUAUUGCCAAGAACAUAAGUUUUAUGAAUGUGGCUCCAAUGCCGGUCCCUGGAGCCGUAGGGGCACAGGCCGUGGCCCUUAGAAUCGGGGGAGAUCAAGCUGCCUUUUGGGGCUGUGGCUUCUUCGGAGCACAGGACACUCUUCAUGAUGACAGGGGUCGCCAUUAUUUCAAGGAUUGUUAUAUUCAGGGCUCCAUUGACUUUAUUUUUGGUAAUGCCAAGUCAUUUUAUGAGAAUUGCCACUUAACUUCCAUAGCUAGCCCGGUGGCACCUGGCGCACGGGUCAUAAACGGAGCCGCGACUGCACAAGGCAGAGCCUCCAAGGACGAAAACAGCGGCUUUUCGUUUGUGAACUGCAGCAUUGGUGGGACCGGAAGAAUCUGGCUCGGCCGAGCUUGGCGGCCUUUCUCCACCGUCGUGUUUUCUUACACGGCCAUGUCCGACAUUAUAGCAUCCGAGGGCUGGAACGAUUUCAACGACCCAACCAGAGACCAGUGA